CAGAUUGUCUUUCUCUUAAACCCGAAGACAGAAAAUCACAUCUUUUUUCCUCACUAAUCUCAUCAGCAGUUUUUCACUUCCUCUCUUUACCUGAAGAGAUCUGGACUGACCAGAAGGCACGCGCAGAGAAUGCGCAGUGAACGCGCCGAGAUUGCGCGCAUCCACGCCUUAAUGCGUCUCAGGUAGGAGUGUAAAUCAGAGCUGGUGUGGGCGGGAGAUGGCGGCUCAGGAUGAGGUCAGAGAAGAGGAGCUUUCCCAAACCAGAGACGCUCAGUGGCGGGAGCCAGAGGGCAAAGUUCAGAGGACGACCCAUCAGAGGCCAGACUCUCCUGGACCCAGCUGUCCGUCCUUCAGCAGCGACCGGUCGAUGAGCGACGGCGUUGACUUUAAAGGGACUCACCAGCAGAGACCAGACUCUCCGGGGCCCAGCUGCAUCUCCUUUAAGAGCGACCAGUCGAAGCAUGACGUGAUUGAUUUCAGAGGCCAGAAUCAAUCUGCUGGUCAGAUGGUUAACUCUCAGAGAUCCAGAGAGAACAGCUGUCUGUCCUUCAAGAGCGACCAGUCGAAGCAUGACGUUAUUGAUUUCAAAGGACAGGCUUCAUUUGCUGAUCAGAUGGUUAACUCUGAGAGAUCCAGAGAGAACAGCUGUCUGUCCUUCAAGAGCGACCAGUCGAAGCAUGACGUUAUUGAUUUUAAAGGACAGAAUCAAUCUGCUGAUCAGAUAGUCAACCAGGAGAAGCCACAGAGAGGCAGUGGGUUGUUUCCCCACCAGCAUCCAACAGACCAGAGCAGCAUACUUAAGCGGCUGGAGGAUGAACUCGUCUCGUUCGUGAAGGAACAGCUGAUUGAGCUGCAGAGGAUUCUGAGUCCGGAUCGUCCCGCAUGUGUUGAGAGUCAGAGGGGGGACGAGGAGCUGCUGGAGGGCGAGGAUGAAGAGCAGAGGAGGAGCAGUCGAGAGGCAUUUCAGAAGAUUGUGUUGUACAUCCUGAGGAGGAUGAAGGAGGACGAGCUGGCUGACAGUCUGCAGAGCAAACUGCCUGCUGUUUUCCAAUGUCAGCUUAAAUCCCAGCUCAAGACGAAGUUCCAGUGUGUGUUUGAGGGAAUCGCUAAAGCAGGGAACCCGACCCUCCUGAACCAGAUCUACACAGAGCUGUACAUCACAGAGGGCGGGACGGGAGAGGUCAAUGAGGAACAUGAGGCGAUACAGAUUGAAGGUGCAUCCAGGAAACAGGCCAGAGCAGAAACAACAAUCAGACAAGAAGACAUUUUCAAAGUCCCAUCCGGUCGGAGUGAACCAGUCAGAACAGUGCUGACGAAGGGAGUGGCUGGCAUUGGGAAAACAGUCCUGACGCAGAAGUUCACCUUGGACUGGGCAGAGGACAAAACCAACGAGGACAUCCAGUUCAUCUUCCCAUUCAGCUUCAGAGAGCUGAAUCUUUUGAAGAAGAGACACUUCAGCUUGGUUGAACUUGUCAAUCUGUUUUUUUCUGGAGCCAAACGGAUCGGAAUCUGUAGGUCCGGAGAGUUCAACGUUGUGUUUAUCUUUGACGGUCUGGAUGAGUGUCGGCUUCCUCUCGACUUUCACAACAAUGAGAUUCUGACUGAUGUUACGGAGUCCGCCCCGCUGGAUGUGCUUCUGACGAAUCUCAUCUGGGGGUCACUGCUUCCCUCUGCUCGCCUGUGGAUAACCACACGGCCUGCAGCGGCCAAUCAGAUCCCCCUGGAGUGUGUCGACAUGGUGACAGAGGUCCGAGGGUUCACUGACCUACAGAAGGAGGAGUACUUCAAUAAGAGAUUCAGAAAUGAGGACCAGGCCAGGAGGAUCAUCUCGCAUGUGAAGAAGUCCAGAAGCCUCCACAUCAUGUGCUACAUCCCGGUCUUCUCCUGGAUCACCGCCACAGUUCUAGAUGAUGUGUUGAGGAACAGAGCUGGGCAGGAGCUUCCCAAGUCCCUGACUGAGAUGUACAUCUACUUCUUGGUGGUUCAGUCAAAACUGAAGACAGUCAAGUACUACGAAAGGACAGAUCAUCACUGGAGUUGGGAGUGCAGGAAGAUGAUUGAGUGCUUGGGAAAACUAGCAUUCGCGCAGCUGCAGAAUGGCAACCUGAUCUUCUAUGAAGUCGACCUAAUCGAGUGCGGCAUUGCUAUCAAAGAGGCGGCUCUGUAUUCAGGAAUAUUCACACAAAUCUUCAAAGAGGAAAAAGGCCUGUAUCAGGAGAAGGUGUUCUGUUUCGUCCAUCAGAGUGUUCAGGAGUUUCUGGCUGCUCUUUAUGUCCAUCUGACAUACAUUAACUCUGGUGUCAAUCUGCUGGCCAAACAGCGGCCAGUUCCCUGGUGGCAAAGAUUCUGGUACAGACCAAAUCUCUACUCUCUUCAUCAGAUUGCACUAGACAAAGCUGUGCAGAGCCCAAAUGGACACCUGGAUUUGUUUCUACGCUUCCUUCUUGGUCUUUCACUGCAGGCCAAUCAGAUUCUCCUGCAAGGUCUGCAGGUUCAGUGUAGUCCGAAGACCGACCAGGACACAAUCCAGUACAUCAAGAAGAAGAUCAGUGAGAAUCUGUCUGCAGAGAAAAGCAUCAAUCUGUUCCACUGCCUGAACGAACUCAACGACCGUUCUCUGAUGGAGGAGAUCCAACAGUCACUGAGCUCAGGAAGUCUCUCCACAGAUACGCUGUCUCCUGCACAGUACUCAGCCCUGGUCUUCAUCUUACUGUCAUCAGACGAAGACCUGGAGGUGUUUGACCUGAAAAAAUACUCCGCCUCAGAGGACGCUCUUCUGAAGCUGCUGCCAGUGGUCAAAGCCUCCAAAAAAGCUCUACUCUCCAACUGUAAUCUUUCAGAAAGGAGCUGCGCAGCAUUGUCUUCCGUUCUCAGCUGCCAGUCCUCCAAUCUGAGAGAGUUGGACCUGAGUAACAACAACCUGCUUGAUGCGGGAGUGAAGGCGCUGUCGGAGGGGCUUGAUAGUCCAAACUGUAUGCUGCAAACUCUCAGGCUGUCCGGCUGUCUGAUCACAAAGGAAGGUGUUGCUUUUCUGGACUCGGCUUUGGACUGCAACCCCUCCCACCUGAGAGAGCUGGACCUGAGCUACAAUCACCCAGGAGACUCUGCUGUGAAGCCGCUGUUCGACAAACUGAACGAUCCACACUGCAGGCUGGACACUCUGAGAGUCGACCCUUGUGGAGCCCACUGGCUGAAACCAGGUCUGCGGAAAUAUGUCUGCAUGCUCACCUUGGACAUGAACACAGCAAACAGAAAAAUCAGACUGUUGGACGGCAACAGGAAGGCCACGUACGUGGAAGGGGAUCGUUCGUACCCUGACCACGAGGACAGGUUCGACUACUGGCCACAGCUGCUUUGUACUGAAGGUCUGACUGGUCGCUGCUACUGGGAGGUGGAAUGGAGGGGAGAGGUUCUGGUUUCUGUGAGUUACCCAGCCAUCAGAAGAAGAGGGGACAGGAAUGACUGCUUGUUUGGGAGGAAUAUCCAGUCCUGGACUCUGAUCUGCUCGGACGACAGUGGAUUCUCUGUCUGUCACAAUGGAAGAGAGGCAUCCACCUCUUCCUCUUCCUCCACCCUCUGCUCCAUCCCCUCCAUCUCCAACAGAGUGGCUGUGUAUCUGGACCAUCCUGCCGGAACUUUGUCCUUCUACAGAGUCGCCUCCUACACUCUGAUCCACCUCCACACCUUCAGCACCACCUUCUCUGAGCCUCUGUACCCUGGCUUUGGCUUCUGGCACAGAUGUGGCUGGUUUGGUUCUUCAGUGCAUCUCUGUUCUGUGGAGGAAGACGAUUAGCCUGUGUUUUCAUCUCCUGCUGAAUUCCGAUACACAGUUGUUUUGAAUCCCUCCAUUGUACUUUAAAAGUCCUGAAAUUGAGCUCCUUUGAAGGUCCUUUCAGUUGCUGAUGGUCAUUUGUACAUUUUCAUGAAUAUUUUGAGUCUACUGGUGGUUGUGUGGUUUGUAAGUCUUUGGCUGUCUGCUGCCUCACUGUUGGUAGUUUUUCUGUCUUCCAGUCCAUGAAAUUCAUUUGAGUCCAGCAUAUUUUGAUCCCCGUUUUUUUGUCUGUUUGGGUAUUUUAACAACACAUUUUCUUGCCAUUAUAAAUUGUACUUUGAUAGUUUUGAGUGUCAUUGUGACUCUUUUGAGGAUCUUGCACUUGUUUCAGUGACUUCAAGUGCUUGUUUUCAGUGUCACUUUGAUUAUUUGAAUUUCUUUGUGUUUACUCUUUGGUUGUUUAGAGUUUAUGUGGUGGUUAUUGAUUAGUUUGUGUUCCUUAUUGAGCUUAUGGGCUCUAUUUUCGUAGACUGGGCUUAAGCAUGGCGCAGACCAGGUGCACCUAUGUUGUGUAGCAUGCAUCAUGCAACAAAGAAUACACUAACUGCACACACUAACACUCUGCAAAUCUGCCUGAGGGUUUGGUGACACGUAUGUCUGUCAGCCAUAUUACCUCUAGACCGGAUCGCCAGCACAGAGAAUAGACGUGGUUGGAGGUCGCAAGGUUUUAGCGCAAGUUACCGUUUAGGCAGGAAAUUGCCAUUGAGCAAAGCUGACUCUGUCAACACCUCCCCUUGGUGCUCGGCCCCACCCAUCUUGGUGCAGUCGGAGUUGACAGGUCAACAAAAAUACCAAUAAUAGUUUUGUUCUUGUCGAAAUCACGACUGUUCAGCCUGCACGGCCCUUCGCCACCCUGCGCUCCACCGCGAAAAUAGAGCAGUGUGUUUUUUUUUUGUUUUUUUUUUAGUUUUUAGCAUCUAAGCUCUCAUUUUGUUUUCAGUUGCGGGAGUUCAAAUUGCCUCAAUAAGAUUGUUUUUAGGGUCUUUGUGAACCGUUCAUUUCUUUGAUUCCUAUUGUGUUCAUUUUGAACCUAUUGGCGGAUGCCUGACUGUAUCUGCUUCUGUUAGGAUCAGAUGCGUGUGUCAUUUUAUUUGUUUAGAGUAGUUUUGUAUUUUUUGCAUGCUAGAGUUUUGUCAUAUUAAUGAGUCUCAUCAUGGUAUUGUAUAUUUGUGGCCCUUGGUGUUUCCCGUGGUUGCUGUGAGUCACACCUUCAUGUUGUCACGAGUGUCUCUGGCUUUGAGUCUUCCACCAGCUAUUUAAAGCAGCUGCUCGUUGUACCUGCUGUGUCUUCGCUGCUGUUUAGAGCAAGUUUGUACAAGUUAUCUUUUGCAACGUGGAAGUUUCACUUCAUGUAAUAGCCCCACCCCAUAUUGCGUUUCAUCAUUCUAUUUUAGGUUGUUUUUCAUUUUUUAAAGACACCGAUCAUGCUGAGAUUUAUGUGCCCGAUGAAGUAUUAGUUGUUUUCUCGUCACUGAUAUUUUUACUCAUGAAAUCAUUCUUGUUUGUUCAUCGCUGUUGACAUUUUGUUGUUGUAAGUUACUGUAUAUUUUUCUCCUUUUUCCCUGAUGUUGGUACUCGGAUUUGAUCUGUCGUUCCAGGAUUUUUCUGACUGUUUCAAGUAAACAUGACUUUUCAAAACGUG